AUGCCAGAAGCCAUUGCAACCACGAAGAGGCGGUUCUACCAAGCACUCGACGCCCUCAAUAAGCCACAGUCAUCAUCAAAGCAGUCUGUCGUGGACACUCCUUCAACAGCGAUCAGCAGCAACGCCAACAAGCGUUCGUCUGCUGUUGCUGCGGCAUUCGACGAGGCCCGGGAUCGCGCACGAAAACGACUACGACAGAGUACAUCCUCCACCUCACUCUCGGCUCCUGAUCAGCGUGGCUCGGUCAUAUCGCUGCCACGUCCCACCCAAUCGAAAGACACUCGGCCACUCUCCAACUUCGCCCCCUGGUCGCAGGAGAGCUUCCUUGCUCGACUCAAGACCUUCAGUAGCGUGAGCCGAUGGCAUCCCAAGCCGGAUGCGAUCAAUGAAGUGGAAUGGGCCAAACGAGGAUGGGUCUGCGUUGACCUAAACACCGUGGCCUGCAAAGGUGGAUGUGGGCGCAGAGUGGUUGUCAGCCUUGAUACGACCAAAAGGGUGCAUGUGGAACAGGAUGACGAUGAAGGUUACGAUGACGAAAGUGAAGCUGCUGCGCUCGAGGAGGCACUGUCAGAACGAUAUCGCUCAGAGAUUGUGGAUGGUCAUGCUCCAGCGUGCAUGUGGCACAAGGCAGGGUGCAAAGAUGAUAUUUAUCGAUUGCAAGUUGUACGGCCAGCAGUGUGGCAACCGGAACUUCGAAAGCGCUGUAGUUCCCUGCGAGAAAUCAGCAGCUCGAUACAGCACCUGAAGACGAAACCCUCGGACCCGUCGACCGAGAAGCUUCWGAAGGGCCUCCCUCGAGACAUACUCGAUCCUGACCAAAGCAUAGACUCGAAAGCUUUCGACAUUGCUAUGCAUGGAUGGCGAGGCUCUAUCGACGCCGGCACUCAACUUCUGCAUUGUGAUGCGUGCUUCCAACGUAUUGGACUCUGGAUGUACCAGCCAGAUUACAAGUCUGGACACAGCAGUGUUGAGACUGACGAUGAAGAUUCGGGAACCAUCGAUCUUAUGGAGAUGCAUCGCGAUCACUGCCCCUGGCGAAGCUCGGAAAGUCAGCAGGCUACAGGUAGUCUCAGUGGCAUGAACGCCUCUCAGAUCCUGCAUCGGGUGGUAUCUACGAGUGUCCGUGAUCACCGCAGGUGGUCUGAUGAGCCCAACUCUGUUGUUUCGGACACGAUACAGGACGAGACGGUUGAAGAGACAACCCCGGACUCUMCAACCAAGUUGUCGCGGGAAGAAAUCGCUCGACAGGACAAGGAACGCGAAUCGAGGCUGCACAAGCUCAAAAGCCUGUUUAGCAUCAAGCGCCGGCCAGCGAGCAAGCCGGCCCCAACGACAUGA